AUGCCAGUGCAGGCACCUGAUCAAGCGGUGUCGUCCAUGGUGCUGACGGCCACCGUAGCGGAUGUGACCGGACUCGCCAACCUGCUCAAAUCAGUGGCGGUUCAGACGCAUGCCGUCGUCAUCGCAUCUAGCUCGGGACUGGAGAUCGUCACCGAGCUCAAUCGCACUCUCCAGGCGCACGCCUAUCUCUACUCUCACAUGUUUGACUCCUACCGCUUUCAUCCACCGUCUAGCAGUGCGCAAGCCGCCACUUCCUCUCGCCGUAGCACGAGGCACACCCGCCCAAACAAGCGUACGAGGACCGCACGAGACGCCGAAGAGAGCGACGCGUCACAAUCAUCUGCGUCAUCAACGGGUCACGAUCGCGCCUCACCCGAAGCACGCCAGCAGGUUCCACCUGCACGCACUCACAGCGAGGCCGACGCUCCUGAAGAUGAGCCCGCAAGUGUCUCGUUCGAACUCAACCUUCAAACCUGGAUCUCGUGCCUCAACAUCUUUGGUGGCGUCGGGCCUUCCAGACCGCAAUCCACCGGUCAGGGCCAAUACGCAGCACGAUCUGAUGCGUCGAAUCCUGGUGGUUCGGCAGCUGGCGCAAGAGGAUACGCUCGCACCCGGGACGGCACCGCUGAUCCACACGGCCACGACCGCGGAUCAUCAGUCGAGCGCACCCAUCCUUUCUCAUCUGCAGCCAAAGCAACGCGCAUGAAGCUCACCUACCAAGGCGUCGGCCAUCCUCUCGUACUCGAGCUCGAACAAGAAGCCAACGUGCUCACACGCUGCUCCAUAUCCACAUACGAACCCAGCUUCCUCACAGACAUGGUCUUCGAUCCUCGUCAAAUGGUGGCACAGGUCAUCGUCGGCUCCGACCUCAUGCAUGCCGCCUUUUCCGAGAUCGAUGCUACUUGCAAGAAGCUCUCAAUCCUCAUGGCAUCGCCUCACUCCGACCCUUCCAACGCCAACGACGCAUCCACGCCCUUGCCCGCUUCCAAAAGGAGGCACGCCGCCAGCAUGCUCCGAUUCCGCGCCAUCUCCGACACCGGAUCGUCCGAGAUGGAAUUUCCAGCCAGCCUCUCCUCCGCCGACCCCACCGGCGUGAUCGAGAAAUUCGUCGCUUUGCCCGGCAGCAACGAGCAAUGGUACGACUUUACACUGCUUUCGCGCACCAUGACCGUGCUACGCUCGUCCAUCAAAACCUCGCUCCGUAUGGACGAAGCUGGGCUAAUCAGCUUUCAGUUCAUGAUGCCAAAGUACCGCAAGCCCGUGUGUGCAGGUGCUCCCAAUACACACGUGGCCGACCAGGCCGCCCUGGAGGAGGAGCAGGACGCAUUCUGCGAGUUCCUCGUACGCAUCCCUGGGCUCUUUGCUCAAUUUAGAAAGAUCCCUCCCGGAGUACUGACGCCUUUGUUGCUUCUCCCUCUCUCCUCUGUCAAACUCCCACGUCGAACGGAAUCACGAUCCCGUCGGGUACCGUUCCGCGGGAUUCGCACCGGAAAUUUCGGUACCGACUCUGCUGUGGCGCACCUCGACCUACAUGACUUCUAA